CGCGCAUGCGCAUUUUCUUCCCCGUCCGUCUACAAGGCAACAGUAAACAUGGCCGUCGUUGGUUUUCGGCGAUGGGCCCAAGCUCUUUCAAAGGGGGGAGGGUCCGGAAUUUCAGCUCUUCUUUCUGGAUCGAGAGCAGCAUCUGGUGCUUCAAAGGCCGAUCUACCCGGCGCGUACCCUAAGACUGCAGAGGAGCGAGCUGCUGCAGCAAAGAAGUACAACUUGAGGGUUGAGGACUAUGAGCCGUAUCCAGACAAAGGAGAGGGCUAUGGUGAUUACCCUAAACUUCCUGACCGAUCUCAGCAUGAGAGGGACCCCUGGUAUCAAUGGGACCACCAAGACCUGAGGAGGAACUGGGGAGAGCCGCUACAUUGGGAUUUUGACAUGUACAUCAGGAAUCGUGUGGAUACAUCUCCCACUCCUUUGUCCUGGAACAGCAUGUGUAAACAGCUGUUUGGUUUCAUCGGCUUCAUGUUGUUCAUGUUUUACGUCGGGGAGAAAUUUCCUUGUUACCAGCCUGUUGCACCCAAACAGUAUCCCUACAACAACUUGUACUUGGAGAACGGUGGAGAUCCUGAAAACCAGCCUGAGGAAGUCAAGAAUUAUGAAAUAUAAAUGCUAUUGUCCUCCAUGUGUAUAUACAUUUGUCAAGAAUAAAAACUUCUACCUAGUACA